AUAAUCGUUGUCGUCAUCGAUCAUCGCCUCCUUCCACCAAAAUUCCAAAGGAGAAUCCGAAAAGGUUGUCUCCACUAAAUUGCGUCGCAUCACCUCACCCCUCCAUCGCACCCUAUUUAUGAGUCUACUGCCAAGGUUGGGUUGCGUCGGCAGGUCGUCCUCGUUGGAAAACUAGGGCUAGGGUUUCUUCGGAUCGGAUCGGAUCGGAUCGGGCGUCAAUGGCGACGACGGCGCAGCAACACGGCCACGAAGGGUCCAAGCCGGCCAUGAGGAAGCCGGUGUUCACCAAGGUGGACCAGUUGAAGCCAGGGACCAGCGGCCACACUCUCGUCGUCAAGGUGGUCAGCUCCAACACGGUGCUCCAAAAGGGCCACGCCGCCUCCGCCCACCUCCGCCAUACUCGUAUCGCCGAGUGCCUCAUCGGCGACGACACCGCCUCCAUCGUCUUCACCGCGCGCAACGAACAAGUUGACUUGUUGAGAUCUGGUGCUACUGUCAUACUGCGCAAUGCAAAGAUUGACAUGUUCAGGGGUUGCAUGAGGCUGGCUGUUGAUAAGUGGGGCCGAGUUGAGGUUACUGAACCUGCUGAUUUUGCGGUGAAUGAGGAGAACAAUUUAUCGACGGUGGAGUAUGAGCUGGUGAAUGUCAGCCAAGAAUGAAGAGAAGGAACUGCAGAAAACUUUAUCAGACGGCGUUGUUGAUGGGGAAGCUUUUCUAGCUUUAUUUUUCAUAGAUAUCAAUAGUAUAUGAUUCCAUCUGAACAAUAGUUGGGAAUUAUACCUCAUUGGCACAUAUCUAUAAUAUUAUCUGUGUAUCUGUAAUCAGAAUGGCACAUGAUGGUUGAUAUCAAUUAUGAUGCACAUAACCAUCUGCUGAUCUUAUCGAAAGCAUGUUGUUUUAAUAAUCAUUGUUGGUUCCUUUA